CGGAGCGCCGGAGCCGGGGAUGGAGAAAGCGCGGAGUCGGGGACUGGAUUGAGAGACAGGGCCAGGCGAUAGUCGGAGCGAACGAGCGACGGCACCGAGUGGACGGGGCGGGGGGGGGGACAGCCGCCGGUAGCCGCGAUUGGGGAUGAGUGCGCGGCCGUGAGAGAAUCUACUAUGAGCCGUGGAGGAUGGAGGAAACGUGCCAGCGAAGGAGAUGGCUGGAGAGAUUGGGGUGGUUACAUGGCAGCAAAGAUAGACAAGCUGGAAAGGCAAUUCAAAUCAGAUUCUUCACUUCAACAAGAAAGUGAAGGGACAGCAUCCUGCAUUUUCAAAGGUGUUGCAAUUUAUGUCAAUGGUUACACAGAACCAACAGCUGAUGAGCUGAGAAGGCUUAUGAUGCUGCAUGGAGGCCAGUAUCAUAUGUACUACUCAAGGUCUAAAACUACACACAUUAUUGCCACUAACUUACCGAAUGCAAAAAUAAAAGAACUAAAGGAGGAAAAAGUUGUUCGGCCUAAUUGGAUCACAGACAGCAUAAAAGCUGGGUGCCUCCUUUCUUACAUUCCUUAUCAACUCUAUACCAAGCAGUCAAGUGUCCAGAAAGGAUUGAACUUCACUGUGAACAAACCUGAAGAAGCUACACCAGGCCCUAGCAAUAUUUACAAACUUAAUAGAAAUGUAAAAAGUAUAACCAACAACCAAGAGAAUGUGAAACACAAGGGAAAGGGGAACCAGACCAACAGUGGAAUGAAUGGAUGGGACAAAAACAGUGAAGAUUUUGAACUAAUGGAAUUGGAGCCUGCUUAUCCCAAUCUAAAUCACAAUGGAGUUCAUAGUUCUAGAGACCAUUUUUCUGUUUAUAACACCAGCGAGCCCAGUUCUAAUAGUGCCUUAAAAACACAGGAUUAUCUAAAACUUUGCAGUGAAACUUUGUGGGAAAAGGAACCUGGAACCCCUGAAGCAUUGGAAGAAGAAAACGAUGACUGUGAAACAGAUUUCAAAAACUGUGAAGAGCAAUUGACAGAAGGUAGUACUUUGCUGUCUGACUGCCCAAGGACUCCUUCAAAUUCUUCAUUAAGUGAAUGCUUUAAAAUAAAUGGGGCUAACCAAUCUGCAAUUCAGGGGAUUCCAAGAAUGAAAAGCACUUCAGAGCCUUCGUCUAAUAAAGGAUCUUCCCACUGGUCAUCUAAACCUGCAGACGCAAGUUUUAUAUCAGAGUUUUAUGCUCAUUCAAGACUGCAUCACAUAGCAAUGUGGAAGUGUGAGUUUACAGAAUAUGUGAACAGACUUCAAAGACAAAAUAAUGGUGUUUACCCAGGCAGAGAGAAACUAAAAAGAAUUAACAUGGAAAAGUUUCAGAGAAAUCCUAGAGACGCCAACCAUUUGGGCACUCUGGAUCUGCCCAGACAUAAGAACUGCAUAAUGCAUAUAGAUAUGGACUGUUUCUUUGUAUCAGUGGCCAUUCGUGAUCAUCCAGAACUGAAGGGAAAGCCAGUGGCUGUUACCCACAACAGAGGUCAUGGUUGUGUGUCUGUUCGACCAAAUGCUAACCCACAAUUUGAAAUGCAAUAUUACCAGAAGAAGUGGGUAAAUGACAAGAUGGAAGAGAAAAAAGUGCCUGACAAAGUAGAUGGCAACACCUGGGAGAAUCCAAAUCCUGCCUCUGUGAAUGGUAUUAACACGGAUCUGAUGACCUUAUCAAUGGCAGAAAUUGCAUCCUGCAGUUAUGAAGCUAGACAGACUGGUAUUAAGAAUGGCAUGUUUUUUGGACGAGCAAAACAGUUAUGCCCUGAUCUUCAGGCUGUCAGCUACAACUUCAAAGCUUACAAAGAAGUGGCAUCAAUUAUGUAUGAAACCCUGGCGAGCUAUACUUAUGAUAUUGAAGCUGUCAGCUGUGAUGAAGCUCUUGUAGACAUAACAACAAUAUGUACAGAAACUGGUUUGACGCCUGAUGAGAUAGCAACAGUUAUUCGCUCUGAGAUUAAGGAAAAGACACGAUGUACUGCAUCAGUUGGAAUGGGAUCGAACAUUCUGCUGGCCAGAAUGGCCACUCGCAAGGCUAAACCAGAUGGGCAGUAUUAUUUAAAACCAGAGGAAGUGGAUGAUUUUAUCAAAGAUCAACUUGUAAGCAGUCUACCAGGAGUUGGAAGGGCAUUAGAAUAUAAAAUGGCAUCAUUUGGUGUUAAAACAUGCGGAGAACUGCAGCAGAUUUUGAUGCCAAGACUUCAAAAGGAAUUUGGGCCCAAAACAGGCCAAAUGCUUUACAGAUUCUGCCGAGGCCUAGAUGAUAGGCCAGUUCGAACGGAGAAAGAGCGAAAAUCUGUAUCUGCUGAGAUUAACUAUGGAAUUCGGUUUAGUCAGACUAAAGAGGCAGAACUAUUUCUUCUCAAUCUUGCGGGGGAAAUUCAGCGGCGACUGGAAAUGUCCAGAAUGCAAGGGAAGCGUCUAACUCUUAAAGUAAUGAUGAGAAAACCUGGUGCACCUACAGAACCGGCUAAGUUUGGUGGGCAUGGAAUCUGCGACAACAUUACUAGAAGUGUGACUUUAGAUCAUGCAACGGGCAAUGCAAAAAUAAUUAGCAGAGAAGUGCUAAACAUGUUCCAUAUGAUGAAGCUGGAUGUGACAGAUAUGAGAGGGGUUGGAAUUCAGAUGAAUCAGUUAACCCCAGAUACCAAAACUUCACUUAACUCCUUCUCUUCAUUUGUACGAAGUAACUCUGCUGGUGGGUCAUCGUGUCCAAAGGUGGAUCUAUUUCAGAAAUCCAGAUCAAAGAAAGCUGUGGAACCCAGGCUUUCAGAAGACUCAGAUUCUGCAAGAAAGGCACCAACAACUGGAAACUCUCCCUUGCUUUCACCUAAUACAAAUCUCAGUAGUUUGAAAACCUCAUUAAAAACCGAUGGUAUACUUACCUCUGAGAACACACCUGUCCGUAGAGAUAGAGCUGAUAUUAAUAUUGAAGUGCCAUCUCCUUCUCAGAUAGAUCCUACCGUUUUGGCAGCACUUCCUCCAGAUAUAAGAGAGCAGGUGGAGCAGACAUUCUCAGCUCGACAGCAGCCCAGUUUUACUGACAUCCGUGUCAAAGAGUCAGUGAGAGGCAAUGCCACAGGACAUGUACCUGCGUCAAUGGGGACACUGAUUCUCGAGUUGCCAGGAGCUCAGGAACCAAGCAGUACUGCUGGAAUGAUUGUAGCCCUCCCAGCCUUUUCACAGGUUGAUCCUGAGGUUUUUGCUGCUCUUCCCCCUGAUGUACAAGAAGAACUAAAAACUGCUUAUGAUCAAAGACAUCGACAAGGCAUGAAAAAUCAGUUGGUACAGUUGAAGAACCCGCUUCCUGAAAAAUCAAAGAAACGGUUUAAAAAGAAGAAUCAUACCAGUCCUAUUAAAUCUCUAAGUCCUCUUAAAAAUAAGUUAAUGGUCAAUCCACAUAAAGUACUGCCUGACUUGAUUCGACAUGAACACCAAGACAAAGAAAAAUUUCAGGGUGAUCCUAUUGCUUCCACAUCCGACCAUCAGACUAAUGCAACCUCACAGCAUGAAAUUUGUGCUGACUCAGUGUAUCUGAGAGCUAACCUUGCUGGAGCCUAUGAACUGAAAGAUGUAAAGUCACUUCUAAAAGAAUGGGUUACAACAAUUGGAGAACCAGUGGAAGAGGACAUUCUGCAGGUUGUUAAGUAUUGCACUGAUCUCAUUGAAGAAAAAGAUCUGGAAAAGUUGGACCUCGUUAUUAAGUACAUGAAAAGGCUAAUCCAACAAUCUGCAGACUCCCUUUGGAACAUGGCUUUUGACUUCAUUCUUGACAAUGUUCAGGUUGUAAUGCAACAAAUCUAUGGAAGCAUGUUAAAAUUUACAUGAAAAGACACUGCUAGUGAUUUUUUAAAACCUGUAAAACAUUGGAGCCUGGAGCUCUCAUCUUGUGCCAUAAAACCUUUGUGAAGCUCUUAAAAUUUGCAUGGUAGAAACGCAUUGUGUUUUUAUGAAACAUUUCUGAUAUUGAAGAAACAUUUUGUAGUUUUUUUUUUCCCCUUGGCAAAUAUUGUGCCAAAUUCUUGUUGGAGUUGCAUGUAAAUAAUUGUGUUGUAUAAAGUAUCAUGUAUGUAGAAUACAUUGUGUUUACAAAAUUGUUGUUUAUAAGUUUGUUUUUUAGUGGUUUACUUCUAUUUAAUA